AUGACGGACACAGCAUGGACUAAGGUUCUCAAGAAAGCCAAGAGUUCCAUCGAGAUCCAUCUCACAAAAUUAGUUCGGUCACACAUCACCGAAAAGAUGACUGCCCAAGAAGCAUGGGAAAAGUUGGAGAAUUUUUAUAUGGGCAAAACCGUGUCCAAUAAACUUUUUCUAAAGGAUGAACUAUUCGGACUUCGACUGGAAGAAGGAGGUGAUAUUGAAGAUCACAUAUGCAGGUUCCAAAAUUGCAUAACUAAUCUUCAAAAGGUUGAAGAAACUUACAAAGAUGAUGAUAUGGCUAUCAUCUUGCUGAGGUCUCUACCUUCGUCCUUCAAGCACUUUCGAACAACUCUAAUGUUUGGAAAAGAGUCCAUGAAGCUUGAAAACGUAAUUCAAGCUCUUCAGUCAUAUGCUAAACUAGAUGAUAUAACUAAAAGCUCUCAAGGCCUUUAUGCCAAAGGCAAUGAGAGGGGGCGGGAAAAGACAAAGGAAGAGAAAACAAGCAACAGAGGUAGGUCAAAAUCCAAGAAGAAAAAGGAAAAGAAGGAAGGUUGCUUCGAAUGUGGUUCAGCCGAUCAUUGGAAGAGGAACUGCAAGAUUUGGAAAAAGAAGAAAGCCAAGAGGGAAGGAAUCUCAGGUUCAGCUAGUGCAGUCACUGAGCAUGAGAGUGACGGGGAGCUUCUUUCAGUAACAUCAGGCUCCAAGGCUUUCACAAAUUGGAUUUUGGAUACCGGAUGCACUUUUCAUAUGUGUGCAGUAAGAGAAUGGUUCGAUACUUACAAAGAAGUCAGUAGCGGGGAAGUUUUAAUGGGGGACGAUUCUUCAUGUCCUGUAAAAGGAAUCGAUACUGUUCGAAUCAGAAUGUUUGAUUUCCUUUGGGGAACGUUAGAUAUGUCCCUAGACUAA